ACACUGCUUGAAUUUGUUCCGAAAUUUCCCCAAAAGGCUCCGAAAAUCCGUCUGUUGGAACUUUUGGAACGUUCAACGAAAUUGCUGGAAUAUCUUAAACUUCACCGUAAAAGCACGCUACCUUCGGCGAACUUACCGUUCAAAAAUAUAUCAAAUAUCGUGAAAUUACAUUCGUAAAAAUGUCAGACUGGGACACCGUACCGAUUACUUUGAGAAAACGAGCUCCGAAAGGCUCGGCGAUGAAAUCUGAGCAGGCAGUAAAUGCAGCUCGCCGACAAGGCGUCGCCGUCGAUACACAAUCCAAAUGGGGAGGUGGAGCAAACAAGCAACACGUUACUACAAAAAAUACAGCAAAGCUGGAUCGUGAAACUGAGGAAUUAAAACACGAGACAGUCCCUCUUGAUCUGGGAAAACUAAUUCAACAGGGUCGUCAGAAUAAAGGACUUUCUCAAAAAGACUUGGCAACGAAAGUGAAUGAAAAAACACAAGUGAUAAACGACUACGAGGCCGGUCGUGGAAUUCCAAAUCAGUUGGUGAUUGGCAAGAUCGAGAAAAUACUUGGAAUGAAAUUACGGGGAAAGGAUCGUGGGUGCCCCUUGGUGGCCCCCGGGACAAAGAAGUGAAUCUCGGGGGAGUGAUGUUUACUUUUCAGCAUUAAAGUCGAUCCUGCAAAAGCCCACGUAUAAUCGACGAUACUUAAAUUGUCAUCCAUUAUACUUCUUUCCCUCGGUUAUUUUGAUAUUCUAUAUAACGUAGGUUAUUGCGAUGUUAAUUUUGUCUAUACAUAUGGAAUACAAAUUUUUAUAGAAUAUAUAUGUCUCAAUUACGAAGUAGUCACUGCAUAGCAAGAUUGCGUAAUGUGUCCUGCUCAAACGUCUAUACAUAUGUGUGAAUCAGUAACAAGAAUAUUAUUUAUACGAAAAGUCCGCAAUAAAGACUAAUAAUUUAUGUUA